ACACCCAACAUCGGUGGAUUCCGUCGGGGGAGCUUAAGCAAUGUCGGUCCGUGGCAGCAUCCAGCCUGUCAGUUCAUCUUGAACAUCGGAGCGUUUCGGACGGAAAAUCUUCGACCUCGUCGAUCUGUGGGUCACCAGGUGAGACUUGGGUGUUUGGAAAGUGUGGGAGUUAUAAGGGAAAAAGAAACAAGUCAUCCUGACCCACAACCAACAGUCUGUGUGUGAGGUGUGUGCCAGUUUCCCUUUGGCGGGGUCUUGAGUCGAACGCAGUCAGUCAGUCAGUGGAGUGGACGACCAAGCAAGAAGGAGCAGCGCAGUGAAAGUUGUUUGGUGCGGCAGCAAUUGAAGCGAGGUGACAUUUUCAGCCAACUUGUCACAGCUGUUACCGACCCAGCCAGCGGAGGAAUCCCAACGAACGAAGAACUACGUGGGAAGUAAGUUUUUCCCCGGAGGCGUCAAGGCGGUCGGAAAUUGAUUUAUGCAGCUUUUUUGCCCGAAUGAAAUCAGUUUCAGUGGAAGUUUCCGUGGCCAGUGUUAAAGUGUAAUCGUGGUAAUUCUGCAACCCAAAAUCUGUUGCAAGUGGGCGAAGAAAAAGGAGAAAAGGUGGAAACUAGGCCAACUGACGGUCGUAGUGAACGUGAUACAUACACAGUGUACAACGGGAAGUUUGGGUAGUUGAAGAAGUGGUUUUGUUGACGAAGUACAGUGGAAAAGAAAUAGUAACGGUUAAACACACAGUCCCUCCUGAAGUCUACCAUACAGAGUCGGUGUAGACUAGAGUGGAAAGGGAUAUUACGCAAGCGGGCAGGCGACGAGACUACGUGACAGCGCUCGUUCAUAGUGAGUGGGAAAGUUGAGUUGAGGCAAGGCGGGAGCUGAGUUGUUCCACGAGACAGAACAGAACAGAACUGGCAGACUGUUGCGGAGUUUCGUGUCGAGGGAAAUUUGUGCCAGCUGGAGCAACCGAGUGGAAGAAGCCAGAGCAGCAAGCAGCCAGCGAGCGACAAGCAAGGAAUUGAAAGUCUCGUGCAAAUUGAACUCUGCUCUGAUUUACAACGAAAUUGUAUUCUCGAAGCAAAACGCUAGUAGGAUAACUACAAACAAAACCCACGAUUCCUCGUAGGUAAUGGAUUAAUAGUUUCUCAUCUAAUUGCCGGAAAGUUUUUGCACGGUGAACCCCUCGCAACGCAACUCAUUAGACCCGCCAGCUUGAUUGAAGUCCACGUGGAACGUGACCGUAAUCCUUGCACACAGGUUUUAGCUACAUCCAUGAUUCUGCAUCAUUUUACCGUGUACGUGUUUAUCAUUAGAGUCAAGAAGCUUCUUAUGUAGGUGGGUGUCCGCAUAAAAGCAUCAUACCAGCUGGCUAAUUAGAUCGACGGUUGAACCCGGGUCCAUGUUCUAGAGUAGAGCCAUUAGCAACUCUCACAUACCUGCCCGGUGGGUUUCACACGUCAGAAGCCGUGCAUAAUUCGGACGUGUCCUAUUCGUCUGUUUUGUGAAAUAGGUGUGUCCGGUGGAAGUGUUGUGUGUGACCGAGUAGAAAGUGUUAAGUAUAGUUGUAAAAUUUGGUUUGCAUACAUUCAUAAUUGGUGGGGAAAAAUUAGAUUGAAUUGUGGAAUUCAACACCAACAGCUGUGUCCCCAUAGGUGUGAAGAAAAAAAACACGGAGCACAAAUUACCACGAAACCCCUCGUCAGAGGUCUGGAUCAAGGUUUUAGCGUGAAAACAAGUGCAAUGGAAAUACCAACCGUAAUGGAUGGAAUGCUGAAGAACAGUAUGGUCCUGCACGAUGACCGGUCCUCACGCAACAGCAACAGCAGUUCAGGAUCCCCCUCGGUGAUACACGAAAAGAAGAAAAUGCUGGACAUCACGCGGGACAAGCCGAUCAAAAUUGCCGUCCGGGUACAGGUGCCGGUGCGGGAUCAUCCCAAGUUCAACUUUGUCGGCAAGCUGCUGGGCCCGAAGGGCAACUCCCUAAAGCGACUGCAGGAGGAGACGAUGUGCAAAAUGGCAGUUCUUGGCAAGGGUUCAAUGCGGGAUCGUAAGAAGGAGGAGGAACUGCGACUCAGUGGCGACCCGCGAUACGCACAUCUUUCCGAGGACCUGCACGUCGAGAUUUCCACCUACACAGCGCCGGCCGAGGCGCACGCCCGUAUCGCCUACGCCCUGGCCGAGGUUCGACGCUUCCUGGUACCGGACUACCAUGACGACAUCCGGCAGGAGCAGAUGUGGGAAAUGCAAGCUCUUAACUCGGCUCAGAACGCAUCCAGCGGCACUAAUGGCAACUGCAAUGGCACCACCACCACGCUGAACGGUCACGGCACCAACCUUGGCAACGGCACAACCCACGGCAACGUGACACUGAACGGAAAUGGUCUCAACGGUGGUAAUCCGGAGAUGAUGCACCAUCAGAGCUGCGGAGUUGAUUCGAUCGGAUCCAAUGGCACCAGCAGCGGCGGCAGCAGCAGCAACGGUAACUCCGGCAACAAUGGCUGCGGGGGCGUCCUGUCCGGAUCGGAUGGCAAUAGUAAUCACCCGUCGUCCCAGCAGCAGCAGCACCAGCAUUCCACCAGCCACCAUCACCACCCGCAUCACCAACAGCACCACCACCACCAUCAGCAGCAGCAGCAGUUCCUGUCGAGUAGCGCUUCGGUUGCGGCAGCGGCGGCGGCGGCGGAUGCAGCCGUUGCAGCUGCGGCCACUGUCACCGAUAUGAGCAAUCUGAUGCCCGUCGACGUGAACAUGACGUCAGCUAAUCACUUUGUGAACUCCCUGCCAACGACCGAUAUUGAAGCCCAAACGUUAGCGUUUGUGGAAUCAGCCAAUGCAUUCCUUCAUCCGGCGUUACGAGGCGUGAAAACUGUCAGUUUAGCCGCCCGCAAACGACCCCUACUGGGUGGACCACGUUCCAGUAUGAACCCAACCAAGCGAACCGUGAUGACCCUGAUUGCCCGCGCCCGAACAGCCCAAGCCAUGCACGGAUCCCGAACGACCGCCCCCAUGGGAGAACCCAUCCAGGUGAUCACAUCGCCGCUGAUUCUGCAACCCUCGCUGGACCUACUGCAGAGCAAUGGCGCCGGGUCGGUGCAGAAGGAAAACAUCCUGCAGGGGGCUUAAGCACGAGGUGAUUUAUGCAUUUUUGCGGUGGAGGACGAGGAGAGAAAAAGUGUACUACCAAUUGAAAAAACGAAACAAAAGGAACACUGCUUUCAUUGUGUUAGUAGGAUAGAUUAGAGACAUAUUUUCUACAACAACUGAUAAGGCGAUGCUUGCCACAAUCCUGAAGACACAGACCACAUCGUAACAACAGAAAGUAUAACCUUCGAAACAAUAAACACACCCAAUAAUUACACCAAAAAACAAGUUAAAUAAACUCACAAAAACUCAAAACAUUAAACACUGUAGCACCAAGUUGAGGAACAAAAAUAAAUAAAAAUAAAGAAAACGAAGAGAGUUCAUAUGAAACAGAAGCAUAUUCUUUCUAGCUAAUCAUAAAUAUAAAGCAACACAAACAUACAACAACAGGUUUCAUAACGAAAGAGGAAAACAAAUCGCGGAAUCACCCUUCAAAAAAACAGUAUAUAGAAAAGGGUUUUAAAGCUUGUUGAAAUGUGAACUAGGAAUGCAACCAACCACCCACAACAACGAUGAGGCGCUCGGAGACCACGAACCAAAGCAAAACGGGUUUCCCCGUGUUGUUAGUCGAAAGAACGAAACGUUGAACGCUGGCAUGCGGACAGACAUCGCGGCACGGCGCCCUGAUUGCAGGAAGUAGAUUUUUUAAAUGUUAGACUGUCAAACUGUUUAAAGUUUUUAUUUUUCGAUUGUGUUUUUGAACGUAUUUUAUCUGAUCUAGCGAGAAAUGUCCAAUCCUGGAAUUGUUAAACACGGAAUCCGACUGGGUGGAAUGGGUUGAUGUUGAGUCAUCACCCUCAUCCACAGUGGUGAAAUUUGAUUGUGCGUAGUUGGGUAGAAUUGAUACGGAACUUUUAGAUUUUAUAAACCAAAGGAUUGGGGCAAUAUUAUUCUAGUAUAUCUUUUAUACACAGUGAAAGACAAAAAAACGAGACAAAUCUGAGAACAAGGUUUGAGGCUCAAUCUAAAGGAAAUUGCUUUUAAAGUAUAUCUAAAAAACAACACACACAAGUGAAUCAAUCGAUUUUAUAUAAGCGCAAACCAACUGGAUGUAAUCAACCAAAGAAAUACUUAUAAUCGAAUAAAUUGCACCCUUGAAGAACACAUAAGUUGACAAAGAGAUGAUUUUAUUUGAUUGCAUUUUGAAGUAGUUAAAAGUCGUUCAAGUAAAAUGUGAAUCUCGUAACUCUAAAAUGUAUCGCAGAUAAAACUAACCGUAAAGUGAAUUGAUAAACUAAUCCCGAUUGGCAAUUUUUAAACUCGUAGCAAAAUCACUGUUAAAGAACAAACUUUAAAACAAACUGUAACUUCUCGAUGUAAACAAAAUAACCUGUUUCCCUAGUUAAAGAAAAGCAUGUGGCAUGGAGAUCAAAACGGAAAAAGCAUGUUGAAGAUAGAAUUGCUGGAGUUUUUCUGUUACUACAGGCACUGAAAAAGUCCUUAAGGAAACAAGCACUCAUCAUAAUUCAGCAAAUAAAUCCAUUAUGGCGUGAAAAAAAAAAAACUAUCUAACAAAGUAAGUGAAAUUUUGUAGUUGUUAAAUUAUCUUUUACAUUCAUAGUUUUUCCUGGUCAGAGACAAUACCCGAAUAAUUUUCGUUUCAGAAUGUUUUGAAUCUGUAACAAAACUUUGAUAAAACCUUAUUCUCUUAUUAUGCUUUGACAACAUAUCACAUUUGUUGUAUCAAACAAAUACUCUUGCUUCCGUUCAAAUCGAAUUGCACUUAUCGAGAACAAAAUCACCUCAAUUCAUGUGAUUGCCCCUUUUUCAAACCGGCGGCGCGACAAGUGAAUCAUUUUAUUACCACCGAUCACAUUACGCACGCAUUGUCACGUCGUAAAAGUGGGCAAACGGUUGAGCAGCGGUGAUACGGUGGAGGUGCUGGAUCAACAAUCUUUGGAUUAUUAUUCCUCACAUGGCGGCUGGGCUUCUGGGAUCAGGCCUGGUCGUCCUCAGUUUUAUCCCUACUACUGGCUAGAGAGAGCAUGAAACCCGAACGCUCGCUUCCUGCUCCCCCGACGCCGACACACGGUAAUAAAAUUAUGAUUAUUUGGGUUGUUUCGCUUUUCGGCCGUUCGGCCUCGGAUGGAGAAUGACGACGGGAAGCGAGUCCUUUGGGCCUCAGUGAAGGGAACUCGUAUGUUGUUUUAUUUUCGGAAUGAAACACUAUACGAUGUGAUUUCACGGCUGACGGAAUUGACCUAUCUGGGAUUUGGAAGAGUAUUCCACGUGGAUGGGGCUCAUAUUUAAUCAUAACGUUUUAUCGCUAAUGUUGGAUCGGGGAAGGUCCCAUAGGGACCAUUUGUUUUAUUGAAUUCAGAAUUCAAAAUUGAUUUAGUUACAACGAUGGUUUAUUUUCAGAUGAUUGUCGUUCUCGCAUCGGAUGAUAUUGUUCGCAUAUUAUUUGAUAUUCACCUCACUAAAUGCCACUGGACGGUACCCAGCUCAAAAGACAGCGGUACAAGGCAGAAAAAGUAGAAGUGAAACGAAUUCAUCGCAGGAAGAAGUUGUAGGACGAAGAGAGUGUGAUUUCUAAAGCACAGGAAAUCAUGGAUCGGAACGAUAUGCAAAGGUUUCGAGCAACUGUCAAUUCAACGUGGUCUGAGAGCUACAAAAAAUAGCAAAGGAUAGAGUGUAGUAAAUAGGGAUACGGUGCGACUCAAAACUCGCACACGCUGCUACGAGACAGCACAACAAACCAGAAGGAGACGAGUACGUGCAAUCGGUUGUGUGUUGCCUGCUUACUUUGCCAUGCGCUUGAGGUCUCCUGUCUCUCACAUACUGUCGUAUGAACUCCCUCUGUGCUUGUCUCCGUGCUUUGCACUUUGCUUGACACUACGCAUAAUUGGGAAAAUUUCGAAUCAAAAGACCCAUCACUUGUCAGUCCUUGACAAGCUUAACAACUUUGCCAAAAACACAAACUCUCUAAUUAAUUUAUUAAGUGAUUUUUUCUGUUUGUUGGCAAGCACAGUCCCAAGCACCGUGCGUUACUCCCUGCACCGUAGAGCUAGUGCUGCAAUUUGUCUCUCGCACAAUUACGAUAGCUCUCACUCAUACGUCUCUGUCUCUCGGCAAAACGGGAGACAAGCACUUGAGAUUGUGUGAAGCACAUGCUUUUUUCGCACCUCACGGUGCAUGUCGCCAAUCCCUGGUCACAAGUGUGAAAGGUCUCUUAAAUAGUCCUUCGUUGACGAAUACCAGGGGUCGACAAAGAACAGAUUCGAACGAAGUCUAUCCUGCAAAUGAUUGUAGAUACAUUUCGGAAAUUAAACUUGCAGUCUCAUUGGCAUAUAUUGUCAGAACAUUGUUCUCGGGACAAACUAAUUAGAAUGAAACUCUCAAUGCUGGAUGGAAAUGAUUGCAGGAAUUCCGCAAGAAAUCCUGGUGGAACGCCAUGCAGAAGUUCGAGAGUAAUUCCAUAAGGAAUUCCAAUAAAAAAAACUUCAGAAGGAAUUAUUUGAAAUACUUCUUAAAAAGCUUCUCCAAUAAACUCCUGAUGGAUUUCCAUUUGUGACAUCUGGAAGAAUUCCAGAAUGAAUUUCCAGAAGAACUUUAGAAGAAUCUCUUGGAGUAAUCCAAUGAAAAAGUUCUCAGAUAAAUCUUGGAAGCAGUUCCUGAAGACAUCCCGUAACCAGUUUCUAAAAAAAACUUUCGGAAAAAAUUUCCAUAGGAAUCCUGGAAUGAUCCCUGCAGCAACUCCGGAAAGAAUUUCUGGAGGAAUCCCAGAGGGAGUGUCCACAGAAAUUACGGAAAAGUUCCAAAUGACGUAAUCCUGGAAGCAGUUCCCACCCAUUCCCCUAAUCAAUCUAAGAUUUUUUCCUAGGGGGACCCCUUCCCACCUAGCUACGCCAUUGGCAGUUCCUGAAAGAAUCCUGGUAGGAAUUCCCGGAAGAAUUUCGAAAGGUGUUCCCGAAUGAAUUCUGGACGGAGUUCCUAUGGCAAUUCGGCUAGUAAUUCCUGGAGGAAUCCCGAAAGAGGUUUUUGUAGGAAUCCUGUAAGGUGUUUCCGGUAGAAUUACAAUAGGAAUACCGGAAGAAGUUGUUGAAGAAUUCCUGAAAGGAAUCUGUUUUUUAAUUCUAGAAAACAUGUUCCUAGUAUAAUCUCAGAGGGACCUUCUGAAGGUGUCCUAAAUAAACCCCCAGAAAAAUUUUAUAAAGAAUUGCCUUCCAUUCCUAGAAGAAACUCGUGGAAGACAUUUAUGAAGAAACAUGCCGGAUGAAAUUCAAGAAGGAACUCCUGCACGCAGAAAAAUAAUUUGUAAACACAAUUAAAUUGUAGUUCAAAUCAACCGGCAAACUGAUUUCUAGUUUAAACUGAACUGUUCUAUUGUUUGAUAAUACAAAUAUUUUCAUUUGUCGAAAUUUUUGACAGUUUGUUAAAACAAACAGAGAUAUGGUAUUUUCAACAUGAUAUAAUGGAUUGAUUCAAACGACUGCACUUUUGCCACUAACAAACCCGGAAUGUGAUUGUGUUGGUGACGGCAGCAACUGCGGCAGCUCGGAAAUCUAUUUUUAGACCGUCGGUAAGCGAAUGGGGAGAAGAACGACUAAAAAAAGACAAAAAAGGCGAAACUUUUUGUGGAUGCUGUCGUGAGUAUCCAUCACGGCCAAAGCUGCACUUGGAAGUUGGCGUGAUGGAUUUGCUGCACCUUCUUCGUUGUGGCGAUGUUGGGGUAAGCAUUUUAUAGAUGUGUGAGUGCUUUCGGAACAUGCUUAUGGUUUUUAUUUUGUUGAAACAAAUGAAUUUUUUGACAUUAUAUGAAAUGAUGGUAAUCGGUUGUUUUUAUCGAUAAACUCUAAAUGAAAACAAUUAAAUAUAACUUUGGAAUAAGUAAAUUCUCAGUUUGAAAAUCAACCAUGCGUUUUAUUGUUUAAAACAAGCGCCAAUUUUCUGCGUGUGGGAGGGAGCUACUCUGUAUGAUUUCAUAAGUUGUGAUGUAAAUCAAUUGUUCACAGUAACAGAGUUCGUUUACAAUUAUGUUUACUUUUCGUUUAUACUUUUUCCCCAACAUUACGACCCUAAUGGAGCAUACCCGGCACUCCAUCAUAAAUAUGCAGUUAGCACUUCCACAGUCAUGAAAUGGAUUUCUUUGUCAAUGAAACUGUUGCGUUCAUAUCUCUUUACAAAUGCAAAUAAUACAGAGCCGGAUGUAGGGGGGAGGGUUAUCGAUGGAGGCUGGGCCCCCACAUUUAAGGGGGUCAGGCUCCCACAAAAACCUCAUUUUGGAUACUCCUUUUGUUUCAGGUUGCGCAAAUGCUGUUUGAAAACAAAUAUUUUUUUUCUCCGGAAAGCCCCCACAUCCGCUCGGGCCCUUGGCCUCUACAAUCCUUAGCACUGUGAUGGGAUCAAAUCACACUCUGGACAAACUCACCCUCUUCCCUCGAAAGUAAAACUGUGGGUUUCGAGAUAAACUAGUCUAGAGCUAAAUAUCUCGUCAAUAAAAAAGAGAAAAGGCCUUGGGAUGGGAACACUCGCUUGAAAUGGCUUCAGGGGUAUUUCAAAGGGUCAGUUUCGUUACAUGGGGUCCAAGAGGGUUUUAGGGGGAUUUGAAAGGCAUUUCAGUUAGCUUUAGAUGAUUUUUGGAGUUUUCUGGGGUUUCUGAGGAUCUCAGGUGCGUUACAUGGCGUUACGAAGGCAUUUUCGGUGGUUUUUAGGGUUUAAAGUGCGUUACAUGAGGUCCGAGGGGGUUUUAGGAGGAUUUCGAAGGCAUUUCAGAAAGCUUCAGAUGAUUUUUGGCGAGUUUCUGAGAUGUUUCUCAAGCGUUACCAAGGCAUUUUCGGGGGUUUCUGAGGGUUUUAGGUGCGUUACAUGAGGUCAGAGGGGGUUUUAGGGGGAUUUCGAAGAUCAAAAAAUGGCAAUGUUAUCCCUCUAUACUGGAAAAACUUGUAAUUGGAAGGCACGAAAUGUGGCUUAUUGGCAAAUUGAGAAAUGAAAUUUGUGAAAAAAAAUCGAGCUCUGGUGGGAUUUGAACCCAUGACUCCGUAUUGGUUAGACGUGCUCUCGAUGCAUACUAAAUUAGAAACCAGCAAAAAAAAAACUGCUUGGUGGCUAGAUAUGGGGAGUGCGAGCGUAGUUCUCGGCUUCAUAAAAAAAAACAUCUCGCUCUCACUUGUUGUUAGUCGCUUCGGAGUCAGUUUGGCUUUCUAUUCCGUAGAAUUGUUUCAAAAAUUUCAUCUCGUAGUUUGCCAAUUAGCAACAUUUUGUGCCUUCAAUUACAAGUUUUUCCAUUAUGUUUGAGAUAUACCAGCAAAUCUGGUUCCUGUAUAGGGCAAUAUACACAUCAUUUUCUCUCUAUGGUUGACAUUUCGGUCAGGAUAAAUUAUAAACAGGUUUAUACUAAAUCAUCCAACUUUUUUACCCUGAAGAAGACCCAAAUCAAUAUUCGGAACGUCAGAUUAAAUAGUACCACUCCGCUUGGUUGGUAUCAUAGAGGGAUAACUCUGUUCAUCUCUUAAUUUUAUUAUUCCCCUAUAGAUCCUAGAUCAUAUUUAAAAAAUCUGUCCCUGAAGAAAAUCUAGAAACUUCUGACAUUCCUGGUGAAUGAUCAGGAUGAAAGAAUUCCUGAAGAUUUACUGGAACGAUCGUGGAGUGAUCUCUAGAACAAUCAGGAAAAAUCCCUGAUAGAACUACAAGAGUAACCUUUGCAGGAAUCCUGAGAAGAAUCCCGAGGAAUUCCACGGAGUCAUGUCAGUCGAUCCUGAGCGACCAUUUCAAAAAUAUCUGAAACUUUGCACAGUUUUUCAAUUUCAUAUAAAUCGCCAUUUUUUUAUAUUAAACCUUCAUAUUCACUCACGACUAACUUUUCAAAAGGGUGUAUGCGAAAAUAGUUCUAAAAUAUUCUAAAAGCUGUACAGCAAAAACGGAUUGUUCGAUUGUUAUAAAUUUUUCAGCAAAGUUAGAUAACUAAAUGAUGAUUCCUUAGAAAAUAUACACUGUAAAAAAUUUCUUUUUCUACUUUGAAAAAAUAUGAUAUUUGUCACAAAAACUCAAAUAUCUCAAAACCCUAUCUUUUUACCAACUUCAAUUUUUUAGGGGAAAUGGCCCAUUAUAUCAGCUAUCUACCAUAAAAUUUUGGUGAUGGUAAACUGAUAAACAAAAAAGUUAUGACAUUUCAAACAUUUCACAAUUUUUACAUUUAGUAACAAAAAAAAUUUUUUUUCUGUGUAAAUUAUUUCGAGAAUUAUAUUUUGAUGCUGAUUUUAUUGUAAAGGCUACCGCCUGAAUUAAACAAGUUGUUUUCAUGAUACUUUAGUUUGAUUAUUCGUAAUUACUAUAGUAUCUAUUUAAAACUUAGACGCGAUCCAGUGUUGUGAUCAAAAAUAUUGAGAUUGUCAUACUUUUUAUUGUACGUGACUGGUGAAAAAAUCCCUUGAUAGUGUUGAAAAGCUGUUGAUUAUAAGAAAAAUGGAGUUGAAUUUAUUUUUAAGACAAAAGCUGUAUAAUAAAAGUUUUUUUAUACGCGUAUACGUCUAGUUUAUCCGCAAAAAAAAUCCCUCUUAGAGAACAGACUUUAUGAUCGGAAGAAUGCGAGUAACUUCAACAACAACAAAUGCAUAAGAGGUACAUACCACAGACAAACAGACGAAACGCCUAGAACAAUUUUAGUGAAAAUUCAUCGCCCAGUUCACACUAUCACCACCUGGUGGAAAUGUUUCACGAAACACUGUGUUGUGCAAUAUCGUCAUCAGAAGGCGCUAGUGUGAAACGUCAAACGCAAAGAAAAACGAUGGGCGCUCUUCUUGUUAUGAAAGCCACAACCAAGAUUCAAAAUGAUCGUUGAAGGCGUGGUCAAUGAAAAUUUCGCCAGUGUUACGUUUGUUUGUUUGUAUACAUACCUGACAAUGCUCACGAAAAAAACAAAAAAAUACUACCGCUAUGAAUAUUAAAAAUUGUAUAGUAUUUUUUUUCUUCAGCCACCAACACCAAACAAGUAAGUUAAAAUUAAUAAGUGAUUUUGUUUAUUAUAAUCUAACGAACAAGAUGAACAGUCGCUUUCUCAAAGGUCUUCAACUCAACGCUCUAUUGUAGACCGUUUGAUGAAAAAAAAUGUUCAAAAGAGUUACGAAAUCUCACCGAAAGCACCAUAGAUAAACUGAAAGAGACUGGUUAUGCCCAAAUGUCCACAUUGUGUACAAAAUUACGCAUUUGCACGUCCUGCCGUCUAGAAUUUGACAAACGAGCCAUCUGUAUAUCAUCGGUAAAGCAGGGCGCAGGAAGUUCGAAAACGACAACAACUGAGAAAUUGCCAUCAGCGACAUCUGUUUAAACAAUUUAAUUACGCCCCUUUUCAAAAAUGCCCUGUAAUAUUCUUCAACAUCUAUACCCAUUUCAAUAUUUUUAACGUUGCAAAACACGCUUUCAACAUUCAUCUUGAAGAAGAGGGAAAACACUUGUCCUCAAAUGUAACAGCAAAUUAAUGAAUAAACGACUAAUGCGCGGAGGGCGUGAUAAAAUCGGAACAUUACGGUACAUAGUAUAUUAUAUUAUAUGUAUAUAUAAUAUAUAAUAAAAACAACUUGUUUUACUCACGCAAGGCCAUUAACAAUAAAAUCAGCAUCAAACUUCAAUUUCCGGCCGAAAUAAUUUACACUAAAAAAAAUUAUUACUAAAUGUGAAAAUUGUGAAAUGUUUGAAUUGUCAUAACUCUUUUGUUUAUUUUCAUGGUAGAUUGCUAAUACAAUGGACCGUUUUCUCUAAAAAAUUACGUUGGUAAAAAGAUAGGGUUUUGAGAUAUUUGAGUUUUUGUGACAAAAAUGAUAUUUUUUAAUGUUAAAAAAGAUUUUUUUCACAGUGUAUAUUUUCUUAGGAAUCGCCAUUUAGUUAUCUAACUUUGCUGAACAAUAAAAUCAGCAUCAAAUCGCGAUUCCCGGCCGAAAUAAUUUACACAGAAAAAUUAUUUUUACUAAAUGUAAAAAUUGUGAAAUUUUUGAAAUGUUAUAACUUUUUUGUUUAUUAGUUUACCAUCACCAAAUUUUUAUGGUAGAUUGCUAAUACAAUGGACCGUUUUCCCUAAAAAAUUCAAGUUGGUAAAAAGAUAGGGUUUUGAGAUAUUUGAGUUUUUGUGACAAAAAUGAUGUUUUUCAAUGAUAAAAUAGAUUUUUUUUCACAGUGUAUAUUUUCUUAGAAAUCACCAUUUAGCUAUCUAACUUUGCUGAAAAAUUCAUAACAAUCGAACAAUCCGUUUUUGCUGUGCAUAUUUUUGAAUAUUUUUGAACCAUUUUCACAUACACCCUUUUGAAAAGUUAGUCGUGGCUCUAAAUAAAAAUUUGAUAUCGAAAAAUGGCGAUUUAGAUGGAACUGAAAAACUGUGCAAAGUUUCAGUUCAAUAGAAAAUCAUGAAUUAAAAAUUUUCCUUAAUUUUGAUGCUGUUGCUUGGAAUCGCUCUCCCCGGAGAAUAUUUGAGAUUAUUAUUCGAAGAAGUUUAAAAAAAAAAUCUUAGAAUAAUCGAGAAAGAAAUAUCUGAAGGAUCAGAAGAGGUCUCUUGAUGAAUCACGAGGAACUCUUGGAGGAACAAAGGAGUGAUUCUUGAAGAAAUCUUUCAAGAAGUCUCAGAAGGUACCCAAGAAGGAAUCCUUGAAAAAAUCUCUUGAGGAAUCUCAAAGGAGUUCUGAAGAAAAAAAAAACUCUAUGGAAAAUUUCCAGAAAGAAUAUAUGAAGAAAACCCAUAUAGCCCAAAUAGGCGAGGCGGUAAACGCACGGGUAUUCAACAUGACCAUGCUGAGGGUGACGGGUUCGAUUCCCGGUCGGUCCAGGAUCUUUUCGUAAAGAAAAUUUCCUUGACUUCCUUGGGCACAGAGUAUCCUCGUGCCUGCCACACGAUAUACGCAUGCAAAAUGGUCAUUGGCAGAGGAAGCUCUCAGUUAAUAACUGUGGAAGUGCUCAUAGAACACUAAGCUGAGAAGCAGGCUUUGUCCCAAUGAGGACGUUACGCCAAGAAGAGAAGAGAGAGAGAUAUGAAGAAAACGCGGGAAGAGGCUGUUGCUGGGAAAAUUCUUAUUGGUAUGACAAUUAGUGUGCUCGUCUGGCGAAUUGUAAGUCGUGAGUUCGAGUCUCACCGGAGUACGUGGAUUUCUUUUCAUAAUUCAAAUCUCAAUUUGUUCAUCGAGCACAUGUUCUGUUGUGCACUUGGAUGUCAAAGCAUUUUCAACAGUGUGAAAAUGUUUGUUUUGAAUGUUGAGUGCAAAAAUAAUCAAAUUCGUGCUGUUUUCAGUCAAUGACUUUGAACAUUUUGCACCCUGAUCGGUUGGUGUUCAUACGGAGAUUGUCAGCUGAGCUUUCCUCGGCGUUCUCGUGAUGUGAAGCCAAGAUUUGUAGUGGACAGAUUUGAAGAAAUCAGCAAAAAGUUGCACCGAAACUCGGAUAUCGUGGCUCGUUCUGUCUCCAAAUGAUAUUUCCGGCGAAAUGUGAAGUGACACGAGAAAGAGGAUGGAUCGGUUUUCACCUCGUUUUGAAUACGAAAAACAUACUCACGGAAAGAUAUUGAUACACAAUCGCUAAACAAACUAUCAUUGAGUUUUUUUUUCAUUUCUUCAUAACAAAUGCAGGAAUACAUUGGAAUUUUUAACCAGGUAGUUCUCCGGAAUUUUUAGCUGUUUUUUUUUCAGAAAAUAUUUCUAAAAAUCUUUCAGAAGCUCCUCUUAUGAUUUCUUUGAAACAUUCUCAAAAACUGAAAUUUUAACAGAAACUCCUUAAGGAAUUCUUUAAAAAAAAUCAAAUCGAUUUUUUUUCUUGAGAUUCCUCUCGAAAUUUCUUGAAGGAUUUUCUUGAAAAUUCCUCCAGGGAGGCUUCCAGGAAAGAAAGUUUAGAAAUUUCUUAAAGGAUUCCUCCCGACAUUUCGUCAUAGAUUUUAUUAGAUUAUCCGCCAAUUUCUCUUCCAAGAAACCUUCAGAAAUUCCUCCACAGAUUCCUUCAAAAAAUCUUCAAGGGAUUGAUAUACCUAAUUCUCAAAACUUCUAUAUGUAUCACAUUUUUCCCUGGGUUUCUCCUGGAAAAACUUCAAUUACAUUCUUUAGAAAUACCAAAAUUACCUCUUUAAGGAUUACUUAGGAACCCUUCAAUAGUUUUCCAUAGAUUCCUCUAGAGAAUCCUGCAGAGCUUCCUUGAGAAAUCUCUCCAGGGAUUCUUUCAGAAAAGCCUGUGAGAAUUCUUCCAGGGACUUUUUUAUAAAAUGUCCUGUUCAUUUCUUUAGAAAUUCAACCAAAGUUUCCUUCAGAAAAUCUUCAACAGAUUCCUUUAGAAAGAAUAAUUCGUGCUCAUACCACUGCGGCUCGUAUAGCCUUUAUUUUUAUAUAUAUAUUUUUUUUUUUUUCAAGUAAAGCAACGAAGUCAUACACAUAGUCAAGUGCUGCGUUUGAAAAUAAAAAAAAAUGUUAUUUUUUUAUGCUCGAAACACAACACAGCUGCUGCUUCUCUCUGAAAAGGUCAAUGACCACAGCCGAUUUCAAUAUUUGUUUUUAAUUAAACUUCGAAGUUCCUCGGCCACAAACAAGCGGUAGGUAUACUCAAAAAAACACGAAACAUCCUUCACAGAUAACUGUGCAAACGAUCUCAAUCAAGUGUGUGUAAUAUUACGCUCCUCCAGUUCCCUCGUCGGUACAACUGUCCUCCCAGAACAGCAAAACUGAAUUACCGAAACCGCACGCAAAAGCCACAAACUUCGAUUGCUCUUUCCCUCCCGGAGUGUGGGGUGUGGCAGGCUGUUUUCCGAUUGAGGUUAUGUUUUCGGCGUAAAUUAAUAUGGUGGGUCCAGUACACCGCCGGCCAUUGGGUCCAUACGACUUCAUACCCUGAGGAGAACAUCGGGAAGACCGCAACAACACUGCCCUCCCUCCGCAGCGCCGGUGCUUAAUUAUGAUGAGUGCUUGUUUCCUGGGAAUGACCCAUAUUGUUUGCAAAGGCGUGAGAUUGGCGUGGGAAGAAAUGCAUCCGGGCACACUCGGAAAGAGAUAAAUUUCUGGUUUGUUUUUAAAGCACGGCUAUUAGGUGAUAAAAUAAGGGAUAUUUUAAAGGCAUCAACUAAUAAAGAAGAUAUUUUUUGCGAUAGUUUUAAACAACAUCUAUAUAUAUAAAAAUGAGUUUGAAGUUCCUUUGAGGCAACAAAACUCAAGAACGAAUAAACCUAUCAGCAUGGCUCUUGCACGGUUCGAUUCGUAUUCGUGGUGGCUGUGUUUAUAUGUACAAAAAGUUACGGAAAUCUAUUGAAAAAGUAGAAAAAUUGUAAAAUUACUGAUUUUCCAUCAGUUGGGAAGAAAUUUGACACGAUUGAAAUUAAACCAAUCUAGAGUGCGGUGCUGCAAUGACCUCAACAGUUGUCAAACCACCACAACCGGGCAAGACAAAGUUUGCCGGGCCAGCUAGUCUAUAUAUAUAAAAAUGGAUUUCUGUCUGUCUGUCUGUCUGUCUGACCGCUAUGGAUUCGAAAACUACUGGACCGAUCGGUGUGAAAUUUUGUAUGUGGGUAUUUCGGGGGCCGGGGAAGGUUCUUAGCUUGGUGCGAGACCUCUCCGGUUUCUGGAACGGGGGGCUUCCAUACGGAUGACUUCGCCGGGGACGUCCCUAUGGAGCUGCAUGUCAAAAAACACAGUAGGCAGGCAGAACGACGUUUGCCGGGACAGCUAGUAUUAUAUAAUAGUAGUUUACGUAACAAGGUGCAGAAUGACGAUUUUUACAGCACGAGUCGUACAUUUAUCCAACGAGGCUUGCCGAGUUGGAUAAUUACGACGAGUGCUGGAAAAAUCGAGUUCUGCACCGAGUUGUGUACAACGUUUUUUGCAAUUUCAUAAAUUACCCUUGAGGAUAGUUUUUAACAAAACAUUUUCAUCAAACUGCACACUGAUGUCCAUAGCCAUGUCUAAGAAAAUCUGAACAUAACAGGUUAUACUGUGCAGUUGUCCCUAUUUUUCAAAACUGCGUCCACAAAGCAUCAAGAAGUUGACCAAAACUGAAAACAGUGCUGUAAUGGUUCAUUACGCAACGCAAAUCAGUGCUGUAAUGAACCAUUACAGCACUGUUAAUUUGGUGUGGGAAAGUAGGCCUUUUCCUGUCAGAUUUGCGUGAGGUAAAACAGCCUAUUACGAUGAGAAAUUGCAAAAAAUUGAUUUAUAUAAUAUUUACCGGAACAUAAACUCUAGAUUUAUCUCUUUCUAUAGUGUUCGCGAAACACGCGGCAAGUGGAACAAACCACAUACAUUGCUCGUUGGAAACGGAUCUGUGGUAUGAUCAGUUUCAGCUGAGGCCGGGAUGAAUAAAUCGAUUGAAAUGAAAUAAAUGUUAUUAAUUGCUGUUCCGAUAUAAUUUGUGGUCGUUUGAUUAAAUCGAUGGGGUCUGUAGUGGUAGCAAUGGUCACUGCCCACGGAAAACCGGAACAGAGACACACCCAGUAAAAAUGAUCUCCUUCAAUUGAUGGAAACUUAAAUCGACGUGUACUCUAAAUGAAUCUUAUCUCAACUGUAAAGCAUGCUUCACCUUAAAAAGCAAAAUUUGCAUAAAUGUAUUUCUAAUGAUUGAUUGAUAAAAAAACGAUAAUACUGUGUAGUAGUGUUGAUCAACUGAAUAAAACCCGUUCAAGUAAAACAAAUGUCUUUUAAAAUAGCAUGUAUAGCUGACACAUUAACGAAACUGAGUAUAAUGAUUAUCAAUUAGGCACGUUCCGCUUGAGCUCUAUAAUUUCACCCAGCAUGUAUGCAAGUAAUUCCAACAUACGAAACACACAAACGCACUUCGCUUCAAUACAAAAAGUAAACAUGGCCUCUACUGCUCACCAGAGGCAGGCAGUAAUUGUCAAUUAAAAAGUCACUCGAACUGAAGAGGCGGACGGCGACGGUGUCCAGUGCAAACCGGAAACAGAGAAAAAAACACAAAAUUAAAAAUGCGAUUCCAUUAAAAUUCGGGUUAAGUAAAAUUGCAUGCUCUUGUAAACGAAAAAAAUAAAA